AUGGAAUCCAACGAAUUGGAGCACAUUAACAAGCUACUUGAUAGUGAUAUUGAGUUGCGUGAGAAAAUAAAGGAACAAGUCAAUGAACUCGAUAAGAAAACACGAAUUAUGGCUGGCCUUCUCAACAAAAUUCAUUCCACGCCAUCAGAUGCAAUGCCUGCAUUGCUAGAAUCUGUGCGCCCUAUUCUGUUCAGUUGUCGGGAUGUGACCUCCAAGUUGUCCGAAAUCAUCCCUGAAAAUCAAUUUUGGAGAUGGAAAGACAUGUGGUCAAAUUCCCUACGGACUGCAGUCUAUGCUGCCGUACUGAUUGAGUAUCUAUCCAAGAGGACACUACUUACCAUCGCUCAAACCGCAGAAAUGCUUGGAAUUACAGCGGAAUGCAGCGAUAGAAUGGCGCUGCCUGCGGAGGAUUAUCUUCAUGCAUUGAUUAGCUUGGUCAAUGAACUUUCUCGAUUGGCUGUAAAUGCGGUGACCUUGGGUAACUUCGAAGAGCCAAUCAAAAUUUCAACGUUUGUGAAAGAGCUAUUUGCUGGAUUCUCGAUGCUUAACUUGAAAAAUGAUGCACUACGCCGAAGGUUUGACAGCCUCAAGUACGACAUCAAAAAAAUCGAAGAAGUUGUCUAUGAUGUUUCAUUGAGGAAAUUGACAUCAGUUCCCCCUCCCAAAACAGUUGAGAACCCUUGA